AUGGUCAACCUUAGGCAGCAGAAGCGUCUUGCCGCCGCCGUCGCCGGCGUCGGUCAGCGAAAGAUCUGGCUCGACCCCCAGGAGGCCGCCGAGAUUGGACAGGCCAACUCUCGAUCUGGUGUCAGGAAGCUCUUGAAGGAUGGUCACAUCAUCGUCAAGCCCACCAACACCCACUCCCGCGCCCGCACGAGGGAGCUUCACGCCGCCAAGCGUCUCGGUCGUCACUCCGGCACCGGUAAGCGAAGGGGUACCGCUGAGGCCCGUAUGCCCACCAAGGUGGUGUGGCUCCGGAGGAUGCGUGUUCUCAGGCGGUUGUUGAGGAAGUACCGGGAAGGUGGCAAGAUCGACAAGCACCUCUACCACACUCUCUACCUCGAGGCGAAGGGUAACCGAUUCAAGAACAAGCGGGUGUUGAUGGAGCACAUCCACAAGGCCAAGGCGGAGAAGGUUCGGACCAAGAACUUGCAGGAGCAGAUGGAGGCCAGGCGUGUCAAGAACAAGGCCAUGCGCGAGAGGAAGGCGACCCGGCUGGCAGAGAAGAGGCAGGGUAUCCUCGAGGUCGAGCGCGAGGAGGUCAAGGAGUAG